AUGGCGACAGAAUCUCCGCGCCGCCCUAGUCGGUGUACUGGAGGAGUGGUGGUUCGCCCACAAGCCGUCACGGAACAGUCGUAUAUGGAAAGCGUCGUUACGUUUCUGCAGGAUGUUGUGCCACAGGCCUACAGUGGUACCCCACCAGCAGAAGAAAAGGAGAAGAUCAUUUGGGUCAGAUUUGAAAAUGCAGAUUUAAAUGAUACAUCAAGGAAUAUGGAGUUCCACGAAAUACACAGCACUGGGAAUGAACCGCCGUUGCUGCUCAUGAUUGGGUACAGUGAUGGAAUGCAAGUCUGGAGCAUACCU